UGCUUGAGUCUGCAAACCGAACGCCAGCCGAGAGGACGUCGUCGCCCGUCGAUUCGAUUCCGUGAAGAGUUUGAAAGUAGUUUUUUUUUCGGUGUAACUUUUUUCUAUUCCCCCCACAUUCCCAAUCCGGAACGGUUCCGUCGGGGUUUGUACGGGGACACUAGCGGAGUGCUUCGGGGAGUGGGAGUUCCGGAUCGGUUGUUUUUUGUCGCGCGACGGUGAAAAAUCUGGUUCUUGAUACCGGGAGGAGUUGGGGGAAGUGAUUUUUUGUUGGCUGGCGUCUGGCCAGGUUUGUUCCGGCGUUUCCGGGACCUUCCACGGUUGCGGUCGAAGAAGGCUGUGUGGAGUUUUUCGUGAAGAAGGGGGGUGGCACUAGAAGCUCUGAAGAUUGGGUGUUUGAUACUGGUCCAAGAGUGCCGAGAGUUGCUGGUCUUGAAGGAGGGAGGUGGAGGAAACAAGAAAACGAAGAAUUUCAUGUUUUAGCCGUGUCUGUGUGUGUUUGUGUAUCGGUGCGUUUGUGUCUGUGUACGUGUGUGUUCCGCACCCAAAAGUCAAAGGGAGAAGCCAAGAAGAAGGAAGGAAAAAAAAAGUUUCUAAAUUUAAUUAAAGGAAGUGAAGAUUGUGGCGUACAGCAAGCACCCUGUAGGAAGAAAGUGCUGGCGUUUUGGGGGCCAGAACCUGAGCAAGAGAGAUUUGCGCUGGCAGUGAAAAAUUUGUGACGGCCUUGCCGGGGAAACAUGGCCGCCGGUGGCCACAACCAUUGAACCCCAAAGCGGAGAAGAGAACGUCUACGUCUGCGGAGACGACCGAGAGUCGAGAGAUCCGGAAUCGCACCAAGAGAGAGAGGAGAGCGGUGAUCGUCGGGCGGAACAACCCGCGCCGGGGGCGGGCAUGCUGACCGGUCACUUCCGGCGUUGACCAGGGACACGAACGACCGUGAAAUGGGAGCCCAGCAGGUGAAGGAACGCUCGGGCGCCGGAGCAGGAACCAUCGGAACGGGAGGAAGUAUCGGUGGGCUGAGCGGAGGAGGCGGAGGAGGGACGGCCUCGGCGCUCGGAGCCGGCAGCUCGAUUCGGUCCAGCAGGAAUAAACCGCGCGUGCCGAAGGAUUCGCGCAUCCUCGGGUCGAACAUCUUCACGGAGCAUAGUGAAGCACUGCUGCAAUCUCGGCCCCUGCCACACAUCCCACCGCCCGGCACGCUCCUGCCAACGGAUCUGCUGAGCAGCCAGGAAGGCUCGGAGAACCACACCGGGACGCUGCACUCCCAGGGCAGCUCCAACACGGCCCAGUCAAGCUUCGAGAACGCCCACCGGUGGACCUCGAAGGAGAACCUGCUAGCGCCGGGCCCCGAAGAGGACGACCCGCAGCUCUUCGUAGCCCUAUACGACUUCAAGGCCGGCGGCGAGAACCAGCUCAGCCUGCGCAAGGGCGAACAGGUCCGGAUACUGUCCUACAACAAGUCCGGCGAAUGGUGCGAAGCCCACUCCGACUCGGGCCACGUCGGCUGGGUCCCCUCGAACUACGUCACCCCGCUAAACUCGCUCGAAAAGCACUCCUGGUACCACGGCCCCAUCUCCCGCAACGCCGCCGAAUACCUGCUCAGCUCGGGCAUCAACGGAAGCUUCCUGGUGCGCGAAAGCGAAAGCUCACCCGGCCAGCGCAGCAUCAGCCUGCGGUACGACGGACGCGUCUACCACUACCGAAUAUCCGAAGACUCGGACGGCAAGGUGUACGUCACGGCAGAGGCAAAAUUCAACACGCUCGCCGAGCUCGUCCACCACCACAGCGUCCUGCACGAGGGUCACGGUCUCAUCACGCCGCUGCUCUACCCGGCGCCAAAGCAAAACAAACCCACGGUCUUCCCGCUGAGUCCCGAGCCGGACGAGUGGGAGAUCUGCCGGACGGACAUCGUGAUGAAGCACAAGCUGGGCGGCGGACAGUACGGCGAGGUGUACGAAGCGGUGUGGAAACGGUACGGCAACACCGUGGCAGUGAAGACGCUCAAGGAGGACACGAUGGCACUGAAGGACUUCCUCGAGGAGGCCGCCAUCAUGAAGGAGAUGAAGCAUCCCAACCUGGUGCAGCUGAUAGGUGUGUGCACGCGCGAGCCCCCGUUCUACAUCAUCACCGAGUUCAUGAGCCACGGCAACCUGCUCGACUUCCUGCGCUCGGCCGGCCGAGAAACGCUGGACGCCGUAGCGCUGCUGUACAUGGCCACCCAGAUCGCGUCCGGCAUGAGCUACCUGGAGAGCCGCAACUUUAUUCAUCGCGAUCUGGCGGCGCGAAACUGUCUCGUCGGCGACAACAACCUGGUCAAGGUGGCCGACUUCGGGCUGGCCCGAUUGAUGCGAGACGACACUUAUACGGCCCACGCCGGCGCCAAGUUCCCGAUCAAGUGGACCGCCCCGGAGGGCUUAGCCUAUAACAAAUUCAGCACCAAGUCGGACGUGUGGGCGUUCGGCGUGCUGCUGUGGGAGAUUGCCACGUACGGCAUGUCGCCGUACCCGGGGAUCGAUCUGACCGAGGUGUUCCACCGGCUCGAGUCCGGCUAUCGGAUGGAGAGACCGCCGGGCUGCCCGCCGGAAGUGUACGAGCUGAUGCGAAAGUGCUGGCAGUGGAACGCCCAGGACCGGCCGACCUUCAAGAGCAUACACCACGACCUAGAGCACAUGUUUCAGGAAUCGUCCAUCACGGAGGCGGUAGAGAAACAGCUGCAGGGCGUUGGCCAGCCGGUUCAACUCACGCCCCAGAUGGUCAAGAAGCCGCAGAUGGGCACCGUGCAGCAUGAGCCGGCAAUCACGCCAAUAUCCGACACCGGUUCCAGCUCGAAGUUGAGCACCUUCUCCAACAAACCGUCGACGGCGGGCGUGCAAAUGCGGCGGACCACGAACAAGCGAGGCAAACAGGCUCCGGCCCCACCCAAGCGGACCAGCCUGCUGUCAUCGAGCCGGGACUCGACGUACCGGGACGAGGACGGCAAACCGGGCGAUGGUUGCGGUGACCAGCAGAACACGAACGGUAUUAUCCCCAUCACUAAGUCAACCUCUUGCAGUAGUUUCCUUAUCGAUAAGCUGUUUCGAGGUUUCUCCCGCGAUCUCGCCAACCUGGUCAACCGCACGACCGACUCGGAAAACGAGCAAACGGAAAUCACCCCGGACACGGACACCGACAGUCAGGAGCCACCGGGCGGAACCUUCCAGAAAUCGUCCUCCCAGCAAAGUUCCUUCAAGCGCGUCCCGAUCAUGGGUAAUCGGGGGUUGGAAACACGCGGCAGCAAGCGCCUUCCGCAAGGGACGCCCCGAGCUCCGAGUGGGCCACCUCCGACGGGCAUUCCGCCGGUUGCGGCCGCAGCGGCCGUUGUCGGCGCGCUGGAGGUUCAGAACGUGAAGAAGGCCAUCAACCGGUACGGGACGCUGCCGAAGGGUGCUCGGAUUGGUGCGUAUCUUGAGUCGCUCAGGCAGAGUGAUGGAAGUCCGGCGCCGCAGGGUGGUCAGACGGCGACCCCUCCGGAUCCGCCACCACCGAUGGCAGCGGCGAACGUCAUUUCGAAUAGUCUGCUUGCUGCGCAGCGUGCAGCUAUGAAGGGAGCUCAACCACUUCAGCAGCAGCAGCAGCAACCUCAGAUGAUUCGUAGCAACUCGUCGAGUGGAGUUACGAUGGCCAACUCAGCAACCGCUAGUCUUUCCAAACUGCAACGCCACCGAACCACCACGGACGGUUCGAUGAUGACGUUCUCGUCGUUCCGGGGUGGCACCGUGGGCAGCAACAACAGUCCGAAACGGUCUAUGCCGCCUACGCUGGCGGAUCUGGAGUUCCCACCGCCGCCAGCCGAUUUGCCACCCCCGCCUGAGGAGUUCGAGGGGCAUCCGCAACCGCCGAUGGAGAAGCUAAUGAAGCCGUCUAACGACGUGUCCAACACGGAACCGAGCGUCGAGGAGGCCAGCUCGCGCUUCGGCGUAAGCCUUCGCCGGCGAGAACCGUCCACGGAUUCGUGCAGCUCGCUGGGCAGCCCGGCGGACGCCAUGGUCCACAGUAGCAUCGAACCGUCUUUGUCGUCGUCGAUACCGAUUCCGCCGCCGCCGAGCCUCAAGGACAAGCUCGAGAUGAAACUGGCGGUCGAAAUUAAACAGAAAGCAGCAAACGUGCCAAAGUCAGCGAUAGAGAACAGCAGCAGCAAUCAUAAAGUAGUAGAUCCCGCUUCACAGUUAGUCAGUGAACUGGCGGAGACCAUGAAUCUACCGAAACCUCCACCGCCGCUUCCGCCGAGCGAUGUGGCGCAGCACUACAAGUCGUCGGACGUGAGUUCACUGCGCAAACCGGGCGUCAACAAACCGGUUGCCGCCAUCGUCGAGCAGCCAGCUUCGUUCAAGGCCCAGCUGAAGAAGGUCGAGCCCAAGCGGAUGCCCAACCCGAUUCCCAAGAAAGAGGAAGCAAACAGCAUCAUCGACUUCAAGUCGCGACUGCGCAAGGUUGAGAGUGGCAGCGGCAGUGAAUCGACCGCAAACGGUGAUGCUUCGAUGGCCGGCGGAAGCAGCGACUCCAGCUCGGACAACAACAACAAGCACCACACGAACAACGGUGUGAGCAACAACAACAAUAACAGCAACAUCCUGAACAACAACCAGUCGAGUGAUCACUCGAGCGAUGGUGAACCCAAGGCGAAGAAGAGCGAAAUUCUGCGCAACGGGACGAGCAAGAACGGCGGCGGUGGGGACUCUUCGGCCAAGUUGCUGCUUGAAAACAAUGAGUUGAACUCGUUGAAGCUGAAGAAGGCUUCGCCGGCGCAGCCAGUCGUUACGAGUGUCGCCCCGAUCGAUAGCAACAAGAUUAUCGAGCUGAAAAAGACUGAAAUCAAGAUUGAACUUACCCAGGAGGACAAGAAGCGCGAAGUCCUGGAUACGAAUGCUGGUGGUGGCACCGGCGGUGAUAAUCUGUCCACUGGCAGCACUGGAGACGAAGGGGACAAGCGGAAAAGCACCGGCAGCAUCAGCAGCUUGAAAAAGCUGUGGGAGGCCAAAGAAUCCCCAAACGAUCACCAGGGCGGCGCCCAGCUCAGUCCCAAGCUGGGCGUGAAGAGCGCCGCGAAUCUCAAGCUGAACAACAACUCCGAGGAGGCGUCCGAGAGCAGCAACCCUACAACGAAUAGCAACAAUUCCAGCCAACACGACGAACAGCUGCAGCAGGCACCGCAGCUAGCGAAAAAGCCCGCCGUCCCGCUGAAACCCUCCAAAUUCUCGUCAAUCUACGCCACGCCAGUCCAAAUCCAAGCUCCAACUCAAACCCAAGCCCCCGCCCCAACCACCACCACCACGUCCAAGUCCAACGACAGCAACAGUUCGCUACUCUCGGAGAAAUCCACCGCCUCUUCCUCGUCCGCCCCUUCCUCCUCUUCCGCGAGCCGCGAAGGAAUCCUCGAACUGGUCACCCUGCUCGAGGGAUCCCUUCACAAACUUCCCGCCAGCUCCGCUGUUUCCGCCUCCCAGUGGCUCCAGCUCAGCGAACGGCUCCACUCGCUCCAGUCGAGCUGCGUCACGUUCGCGGACAACGAAGCCCUGCCCCCGCACACCAAGUUCCACUUCCGCGAGCUGGUCAACCGCGUCGACGCGCAGUCCCGCUCGCUGCGGUCGGCCGCCGCCAGCAGCAAGAACACCUCGGCCCAGGACAACGAAAAGCUCGUGCUCGAAGUCGGUCAAUCGCUGAAGCAAAUUUCGAACGCGCUGCACAGGGACACUAGAAUCGCUCAGCUGCCCAUUUUGACGUUUAGCUAACGAGAGAAUUCGUGUGCGUGCGUGCGUUCGAACGGGCACAGUGAUUGGCCGCACAUCGGAGACGACAACUAUGAAAAACAAAUAUACACACAUAUUUACACAGACACCCACACACACCCACAACCUACAAUCAUUAUCAGUGAAAUACAGGUAUUAGUUGUUUUCUUGGCUAGAAGCAUGAACUUGUGGAAGGAUUGAAGCAAGAACUGUGUAUUAUUUUGCUGCUGAUCGAGUUUCCACAAUGUGUAACAGAGCGCGCAUCUCCUCCAGGCUUGCUAACCGAUGCCGACAUAUGUAUUAAACAACAAAAAAUUAUACAACUAGCUAUUGUAUUAUAAUCCAAACUACCUAUGAAUGCAUGCUAUCUAAUCGAUUUUAUACUCGAAAUUUACCCCGAUGUCUCCUUCAACAAA